AUGGAGGAGGAGCGUAAAGCAAGGGAGCAAAGCGAAGCCAAGGCCAAGGCGCGAGCUACCGAUACGCCCACUUCUCCUUCUACCGAGGGCCACGAGGAGUACGUUUGCGAGAGACGCCAGCUCGAAGAGACGACAAAACGAGCCUUGGAGGAGAACGAUAAGCUGAAGCACGAACACUCGGCGUUCGCAGCCAAGCUCAAGGCCAAGAGCGACUGUAUCGAAGCUCUCAAGUAUCAGUUGGAGGCCAAACUUGGAGACAAGGAGAAGCAAUUGGCGGCUCUCGCUACGAAGGUUAGCAGGAGCGACGACUUGAUCGACAUGUUCGAGCUCAACUUCAAGCAAGUACAGCAGGAAGUUGAGGAACUCUCAGCUGCCUUUCGCAUGGAGAGAGACACCGGUAUCGUAUCUCUGCGAUCAGCCCCGAUAGCGCUAACUCGUUCGCUGUCCGAUUAG